CAGUCUUGUCAUGUCAUACGUGCUCAACACAUCGUUACUUCAAGUGAAUGAAGUCCCACACUCCCUACGCCGCAGCACCUACCAUCUCGGUCCUUGAAGGGGUAUUGAUGGACUAACAAAGGAUUUCUCUCCUGGUUCGGGCCGGACACUGGAACUUUCUUUACCGCAUAUGCUCCUCUAUUAUGGCGACCCAGAAUCAGCAGAAUGAGGCAAGAGCCUUGCUUACCCUACUAGCGAAGGACCUGGAAACCAAAUCCCUCGAACAGAAGCGACUCGAAGAAACCUUGGCCACCCUGAAAGUCUUGGGGCACAACGCCAAUAAUGUAUCCAACGUCUACAACGACGAUGGGAUCAAGACACUGGGAAGCUAUGGUUUUGGCGAUUUCUCUCGAUCAGUUCGUCAAGAGGCCUUGAGAUGCAUAGCAAACGCGCUCCUCUUGAUUCCAGCAACCCGAAAGUCCUCACUUAAAGCCGAUCUCGACAAGAAAGCAACAGAUGCACUUCAUGAAGCAGACGACGAUGACGAAUUUCUGCUGUCGCGGAUAUUGUUCCUGUUGACUUACGAACCUAGCAUUGACAUGAGGACCUUGAUAGCAGAUCACAAUCUGGCGGACGCCAUCGUGAAGCAUCUUUCGCGUCACGCAGAUGGGGCGAGCAAGUCUCCAAAGAGCCCAGUUGGUCAGGGCACUUUAGCCUUGAUGGAAACCCUCAAGCUUCUUUUCAAUGCCACGAGUAUCAAGACCGAUCAAUUCACAAAGUUUCAACCUGCUGUCGUCGAACUCUUCCGCCUUCUCAUCCUCUCAGACAUCCCGUCGCCAGCGCUUCAGCCGCCGAUAAGCCUCCUUGUGAACGCUUUGGCCAACUUGGAUAUUGGGCCGGAGGCCGUGAAAGCCAGUGAGAUGCAACCGACAGUGGACAAGUUGAUGACGAUCCUGGAACAAGCCAUCCAAGAGCACUCUUCAACGGAACUGGACACGAUUGCCGUUCCUCUAUUAACGGUCUUGAGAAAUAUCAAUGAGACUGCAGAUCCCAACCUCCGUGAGAUGAUGAAGGCACGGCUUUUGCCUGACGAUAAGGAAAGAGACCAACCCCUAGGGAAAUCAUCUUCGUUUGCGUCACAGCUUCUGCGACUGACUACGUCUUCGGGGAUGUUGAACUUGUCUGAAGCAAUUUCAGGGCUUAUGUUUGAGCUUUCCGACAAGGACGCCAAUCAAUACGUCAAAAAUGUGGGAUAUGGCUACGCUGCAGGAUACUUGAUGACCCAUAAGAUCCCCAUCCCAGAAAGUGCGAAGAAGUCGCAUAUUUCAGGCGAGUCGUCCACCGAGGUCCCGAUCAACCCCAUUACAGGCCAGAGGCUCGACAAGGAGCAGCCGAUUGAACUGCCAGAAAUGACAAGAGAGGAAAAAGAACGGGAGGCCGAAAGAAUGUUUGUGUUGUUCGAGAGACUCAAACGGACCGGGGUGGUGAACGUUCAGAACCCGAUGGAGGUCGCAAAUGAUGAAGGCAGGUUUGAGGAGCUCAGUGAUUCGGAUCCCGAAUGAUUCGAGACCAGAAACCCUCCAUGCUCUCUGCGCUUUGCUUGUGCCAAAAGCUGCCCUCGGGGACGACGAUGCCAGAAUUGGUGACAGCGAUAUCCAUGGACCAGCAUGUGCGAGUAUUUUGCUACACUUGAGACUAGACCUAAUCAGCCUCUUUCAGCCAAUGGCUCUUGUGUCCUCUGUAAUCGUCUCC